AUGGGCGAGGCGCCGGCGCCGGCGCCGCCGGCGUCGACGCCGCUCGCGGCGCGGGAGAAGCCGUCGCUGCGACGAUGGCUGGCGACGCACAAGCUCCAGGCCUGCGCCCUCUGCUUCAUGGUCAUGUCCAUCGCGCUCUACUUCCUCGUCCAGGCCUUUGCGGCCGGCGGCGCGCUCGGCGCCGCGCUCGCCGUGGGCUUCUUCUGCCUCUUCUGCUACUGCUGCGACCAGGGCUACCGCAUCUACGCGUCGGAGGGCUUCUGGCGCACCUACGCCUUCUACAAGGCGCUGGGCCCCCUCGUCGCCGAGUGGAAGCUCCUCGAGAAGCGCGCGAAGCUCGAGAAGUGGAGCGACGACCGCGCGCGCAAGGCCUACGACGCCUUCCACGUCAAGGCGGCGCCCAAGAUCUACGACGCGUGCAUCUCGCUCGGCGGCAUCUUCAUCAAGAUGGGCCAGAUCGCCGGGUCCACCUUCUCCUUUUUGCUCGCGCAGCCCUACGUCGUCGCCUUGGAGCCGCUCCAGGACGCGACGCCGCCGCGGAGCUACGAGGCCGUCGCGGCGAUCAUCCUCGACGACACGGGCAAGACCGUCGACGACCUCUUCGAGGACUUCGCGCGGGAGCCCGUGGGGUCCGCGUCCAUCGCGCAGGCGCACAAGGCGACGCUCAGCGAGGCGUUCGCGACGAGCGUCGCGGGCGAGUGCCCCUGGCUCGCCGCCGGCGCGGACCGCACGGUCGUCGUGAAGAUCCAGUACCCGGAGAUCGCGCGGCUCUACCGCGUCGACUUCGAGAACAUCGUCUACAUCGCGGAGCUCGUCGCGAAGCAGGACGCGCUCGACGCGAUCUACGAUUUGCAGGAGCGCCACCUCGAGGAGCUCGACUUCACGCGCGAGGCCUGGAAUUUGAAGACCGUGGGCGCGAACAUGGCGAAGGCGGGCUUCGCGCCAUCGCGCGUCGUCGUGCCGCAGCCCGUGCCGGGCCUCGUGUCGCCGUGCGUGCUCGCGAUGCAGUACCUCGAGGGGCCCUCGCUGAAGAACGUCAUCAAUGAGCACCUCGAGGAGCGGGCCAAGUUCUACGGCUUCGACGACGUGUUAAAGAUGAAGAUGUUCGUCCAGAAGCAGGCGAAGCAGGACCGCGACGACGCGCUCUACCGCCGCGAGCACGGCGGCGAGGAGCCGCCGGAGGAGGUGGAGCUCGGGCUCGAGGAGGACACGCUCGGCGACGUGGAGACGGGCGGCGGGCCGAACCUGGAGAAGCUCCGGGUGAACCUGUACCGCGAGCGCGCGCCGCGGCUCACGAACGCCGUCGCGCGCGUCGGCGUCGCCAUGGGCCGCCUCGACCGGGACACGUGGCUCCCCGACGCGGGCGCCGCGGACAAGGCGGCGCCCCUCGUGCCGCCGGACGUGCGCCUCGAGGAGCUCGUCGACACGCUCGUCGAGGUCCACGGCCACCAGCUGCUGAGCGACGGCCUCGUGAACCUCGACCCGCACCCGGGCAACGUGCUCGUGCUCGACGGCGGCCGCCUCGGCCUCAUCGACUACGGCCAGGUCCGCGCCUUCGAGCCGGAGGAGCGCCGGUCCAUCGCGACGAUCGUCCACGCGCUCUACCGCGGCGACAAGGCCGCGGUCUUCGCCGCGCUCGAGGCCAUGCCGCCCGCGGGCUUCCAGUGCCAGCACCAGAAGCACUUCCCCGAGAACGUGUUCCGCAACGCGACGCAGUCCUUCGACCAGUUCGUGAACCUGCCCAUCUCCCACGACGAGGCCGCCCUCGCGGGCUGGCACCGGCCGAAGGACUUCAAACUCCACGAGAUGCCCGAGGCCGCGUUCCUCCGGACGCCGGAGCUGUCCGUGCCGCCCUGCAUGAGCAGCGCGCGGCGCGUCACGGGCAUCCUGUGCGGCGUCGGCCUGCUGACCAUGCGCGUCAUCUCCCUCGCGAAGCAGUGGCAGGGCAUCGCCGCGCGCGUCCUCGCGGACGAGUUCGGCGCGGCGCCGCCGCGGAAGCCGCCGCCCGGCGAGGAGACGAAGGACACGCCGGGCGACAGCCAGGCGAAGCGGCCGGGCUGGGGCGUCGCCGGCGGCGGCUUCUUCUCCGGCUCGAAGGCCUGGACGGCGUUCGGGUCCCGGGCCUGGAGCGGCGUCCGCGCGGCCCGCGGCGCCUUCUUCGUCGCGGGCUGCUCCUUCGCCGUGAAGAAGGGCUACCUGGGCCUGCUGGCGAUCCACGACGCGGCGCGGCGCCAGGGGGCGCGGGCGCUGCACGAGGAGCGCGCGCGCGCCCGGGCCGCGAAGCGCGUGCGCGCGCGCGAGGUCACGGAGCACCAGUACAUCCUCACCUACUACCACGGGCAGCGGCCGUCGCCCGACGACGACCGCGCGUCGGAGGCCGCGACGGAGCGCUGGUACCACGACCGCGCCGGCGCCGCGCCCGCGGCGGCGCCGCGGCGCAGCGACCGCAAGCCCUUCCGCUGCUCCAACGCCAAGGGCCCGAGCCGCGACGAGAUGCGGCGCCGCGACGCGCGCGACCUCGCCGACUACGCGCGCCAAUGCGACGCGGCGGCCGCGGCCGCGGCCGCGGGCGACGGCGGCGCGCCCGCGGCGCCGGCGCCGGAGGCGAGGCGGCGCUGGGUGCCGCCCGUGCCCGUCGUGCGCCCCCGCGGCGACGCCCUCUUCGCCGCGGAGGCGCGCGACCGGACCGUCGCGGAGCGCGCGGCCGACGCGCGGCUCCGCGCGCGCGCGGUCGCGCGCGGCGCCGCGCCCUCGACCUUCGCCGUCGGCGCGUCGCCGGCGCCGCGGCCCCCGGGCGCGCCGCGCGCGCCGAAGCGGGCCCUCUCCGCGCGCGGGGCCGCGGCGGCCGCCAAGUCCGCCUGGCUCGUCCAGCCGCCCAAGGUCGUCCAGCCCUUCGACAUGAAGGCCGACGACUGCAAGCAGGAGCACCUCUGGGACGAGAAGCUGCGCCGCGGCGAGGAGCGGCGGCGCCUCGACGUCUCCGGGCCCGAGGCCUGGGCCAACGGCGCGACGCCGCCGAUCCCCUGCGCGCCCAAGGCGCGGGAGAAGCGCGUCGACUUCGCGCCGCCCGCGCGCCUCAGCUCGACGCGGCCGAACACGCCCGUCGCGGCCGGCGCGCCGCGCGACGCGGGCCGGCCGCGGCCGCAGACCGCGCCGUCGCCGACGCGCGGCGGCGCCAAGGCCGCCGCGCGGCCCCCGGCCUUCGACCUCGACGGGCCCGCCUUCGUCAGCCCCGUGCGCAAGCCCGUCGGCAAGGCCCGGCGCGGCGUCUUCCGGUCCCGGUCCGCGCCGCCGCGGCGCCGCGACUAA